CAUAGCAGACCUGGAGAAGAGGAGUCAAAAGAGGGAUACCAGGGAGAUCGCUCUUGUCAUUCUGAUUCGGACACUCACCAACCUCUCCGUCUUGCUCAUCCUCAUUGGAGCCGGUGUCGCCAUUUUCAUGGCCGCCCAACUUGGUCUCGACAGUCAACUGUCAGGAGAGAGUCUGCAACUGGAGGGUUUUGUUCUGCCAAUUGUCUUCACGGCUUUCAACAUCUCCCUCCCCAUCCUCUUUUCCUUCCUGGCCAGGUUUGAGAGGUUCAAGACACAGAGUGGGGAGAUCAGGAUGACUCUAAUUAGAGCCAUCAUUGUCCGCCUGUCUUCCCUCAUCGUCCUCUUCGUCACUCUCUUCAUCCUCAUCUCUUGUACCCAAUCAUUUGGAGGGGGUGGAGGGAGGGAAGAAGAAGAGGAGGUGGUAGAAGAGGAAGGAACUUGUCAGUUCAGUGUCCCGGACAUCGACAUUGGGCCCCAGAAUGGAACCUCGCAGGCCAGAGAGAACUGUCCACAGUGCUGGGAGACAUUUGUUGGCCAGGAGUUGUACAAGUUAGGUCUGGUGAACUUUGCACUCUCUCCAUCACUACUCUUACCGUGGAAACAGCUAGAAAGUCAGUCAGUCGGUCCUUACGUCUGCUGUGGUAGUGCAUUCACCCAAACACUCAGUAUUUGCCACCCUCUACUGUAAACCAUACGGCAUGAGGGAGGUCUAUUUUGUAGAACGGUGUAUACUAUAAGCCAGUGGUUGUCGUGACAGCGAUCUCUCGUGCUGUCUAGUGUGAUGAGUAGGCUGCCGUACAAGGUGUUCAGUCAGCGAGUGGGGAAAGGCAACUUCAACAUUGCCAAGAGCAUCCUGGAUCUCAUCUACACCCAGGCCCUCCUCUGGCUUGGAUUUUUCUACUCUCCGUUCCUCCCUUUUGUCAUCCUAGUCACCUCCUUCAUGCUCUUCUACGUGAAGAAGUAUAGCCUCAUGUGGAACCUAGCACCCAACACUAGAGGAGCAUUCAAAGCCACCCGGACCAAUUUCCUGUUCCUGUUCCUCCUCCUUGCAGUCCUCCUUGCCUCCCUCGUCCCCACCGGAUACACCGUGGCUCGUCUCCACCCUUCCCAGACCUGUGGACCAUUCCGAGGAAAAGAGUUGAUCUACGACGUGGUGACAGAGGUUCUUGAGGGAGCAGACUGCAGAGUGCAGCAGGUCUUUGACUACUUCCAGAGUACCAGUUUUCUUCUCCCAGUCAUCAUGAUACUCCUAUUGGUGAGCUAUGCCCAGUGGGUUGUCAUUAGGGCUAGGAAACGCGGCUUCCUUCUCCUCAAGAAACAACUGCUGCUCGAAGCAGCUGAUUCAACGUUUUAUGGACAGCAGCUGCAGAAGAAGACCAAGGAAGAAGAGGCUGUGGACACCACAGACGGAGGAGAGGGUGUGGCUUCUGGAGGAGGAGGAGGCGUGGCUUCUUUGCAGCAGAGGUUGUCGGCUCUCCAGGACAUGUCAGAGGAAGAAAGGGGCGUGGCACUCCGAGACAAGCGGCUCAGUACCUUAGUCUCUCUCCCCUCCCAUCGCCUUUCUCUCCAGACCUCCGCUAUUUGAUUACAUCAUUAUGAUGUCACCUCAUCCAAUUUUGGAUCAACGUACACAAAAUCAACCAAAUGACUUUUUAAACUCAUGUCUUUAGUAGAAUGCUGAAUGCUGAUAAUUUUUACUGCAU